AUGUCGGGCUUCCGCGGCGUGCGCAAGUCCAUCGCGCGCGCGACGGGCGUGCACAACGCGUUUAGCGCGCAGCAGAAGGACGUCGACAGCAGCUGGGUCAUCGAGGAGGGUCCGACGCCGGCGCCGGCGCCGGCGACGCUCGCGUCGCCGGCGCGCGCCGUGCGCAAGUCCGUCGCCCGCGCCACGGGCCUCCACAACGCCUUCUCGAGCCAGCAGAAGGACGUCGACGCCUCCUGGGUCGUCAACGACGGCAGGGAGCCGUCGGCGGGCGUGCCGCGCCGCAACUCCGACGGCGACGCGCGGAAGUCCGGCGUCGCGCGCGGCGUCCGCAAGUCGCUCGCGCGCGCGACGGGCGUGCACAACGCCUUCAGCGUCCAGCAGAAGCACACGGGCGCCUGGGUCGUCGAAGAACAUAAGACGCCCGAGACGCCCGUCGUCCACGACGACGAGGAGCUCCACGUGCUCCACACGGCAGCAAAAGAGAGCGAAAUUCCCAACUUCAAAGGCUCAUAUCUCGGCCGUUUUCCACUCGUGCUCAACACGGCCGAACCCGAGUUCGACGGCCGCGACCGCUGCGGGUUCACCAACUUACCGAAGCGGCCCUUUACGGCGCCGCCGGAGUCGGGCACGUGGUGCGACGCGGGCGCCGCGGGCCUCUUCAACGUGCGCCAGAGGGGCUACGACGCGCCGCCCGUGGGGCGCAACGAGACGAUCAUGACGAAAUUAUUGGAGCUCAAGAAGCCGUCCGCGGCGGCCGUCUACGACGUCGUCCACGUCGAUGUCGUGACGUCCCCCGCGAAGAAGGAGGUCGACGUCGUCAAGCACGCCCUGCGGCCGCCGAAGCCGGGCCGCAAGUCGCCGCUCGAGGGCCUCGUGCCGUCGAUCCUCGUCCUGAACGUCAUCGUCCCGGCGCUUAAGGGCGACGACGACGACGGCGCGUGCCACCAGCUCUGCGUGACCUGCGAGCUCAGCGCCUGGGCCCACGCGGAGCUCGCGCGCACGGCGCCGAAGCACGGCUACGGCCAGCUCAACCUGAAGCUCGCCGUGAACGCCAUCGAGGACCCCGCGCUCCGGCUCUGGGCGACGUUCUGCCGCGACGCGCGCCGCGAGGCCCGCGACGCCGUCGGCGAGACGCGGAGCCGCUUCAAGCUCUUCUGCGGCGUGCCCGACGCGGAGACGCUGCCGAGCCUCCUGCGGCCCUACAACGCGCGGCCGCUCUUGGUGCGGGAGCCGGGCCAGAUCUACUUCCACGACGGCUUCGGCGACGCGCGGGCCGACGUGACACUGAUCCACGUCUGCGACCGAUACGUGGCCGUGGACAAGCCCUUCGACAUGCGCAUCGACGGCGGGCGCGAGGGCCGCGACGAGGCGACGCUCAUCGACGUAUUGCGCGCGCGCGUGCCGGCGCACGCGCGGGAGCUGCGGCACUGCCACCAGCUCGACUACGCGACGUCGGGCGUCAUGCUCUACGCGCUGUCGCGCAAGGCCGCGGGCGAGGCGUCCGUGUGCUUCGAGCGGCGGACCGCGCGCAAGACCUACGUCGCGCUCGUCGUCGGCGACUGCGACUUCGAGCGGACGACCUGCGACCUGGGCGUCUGCCAGGACCCCGUCGACGACUUCCGCAUGAU